UGUAGAGAUGGUGUCACAUCUGAAGAAGACCAGGAAGCUGAGGGGACACGUGAGUGCCGGUCAUGGUCGUGUCGGAAAGCACAGGAAACAUCCUGGUGGUCGAGGUAACGCUGGAGGUCAACAUCACCACAGAAUCAACUUCGACAAGUACCAUCCCGGUUACUUCGGUAAGAUCGGUAUGAGGUUCAUCCACAAGAAGACCAAUCCUUUCUUUUGUCCAGUAAUCAACGUCGAUAAAGUGUGGAACCUCGUGUCAGACCAGACCAGAGAAGAAUACGCCAAGAGAACCGACGGUAAGGCCCCAGUUAUUGACUGCGUCAGAGCUGGAUAUUUCAAAGUUCUGGGCAAGGGAGCCCUCCCAAAACAGCCUGUUAUUGUCAAGGCCAAGUUCUUCAGUUUUGAGGCAGAGAAAAAGAUCAAGAAAGCCGGCGGAGUUUGUAUAACAGUUGCGUAGAUUUUCAUAAAUGUUUUUAUUUAUUGAAA